AUGGGAUGGACCUCUCCUGGUGUUGGACCCCCGGUCCUCGCCGACGGAGUCUCCUUCAGCCUCCCGGACAAGUCACUGCCUGUGGAUCUGAGCUUCCAGCUUGGCGUCUACCCAAGCAAACCACGCCAUGUCUCAAUCUACCGACACAAGCUGUGCGCCCUCAGUGACCGUGUGUCCCCCCGGGACCCUCGUCUGUUUCGACGCCCCAUGAGUGAUCGAGCGCCCCUGCUGUCCGAGUUCGGAGAAAUGCCUAAGCCUGAACACGUUCAGGUUUUCUCCGUCUCCAUGAAGCAGGUUGCGGCUGCUCCUCUGCCGUCAUCAGACGAGGAAGAAGAGGUUGUCUCCCCUAGAGCGAUUGAUGGAUUCAGCUCAGAGCAGGUUGUCUCCCCUUCACGUCAGACUGAGGAAGCUUCAACUGAUUCUCAGAACAAGACUGAAGUGAACCCUGCUACUGUGGCUCUGCCGUCAUCAGACUCGGAGAGCAGCUCAGACUCCAGCUCAGACUCAGACUGGGAUGAUGCCUCAUCAUCUUCAAGCAGCACGUGCACCAGCAGCUCAUGUGCCAAAUGUAACGGUUCCGACAGCUCAUCCGACAGCGGCUCUGACAGCUCAUCAAACAGCUCCUCUAGCUCAUCCAGCAGCUCCUCUGAGGACGAGGAUUCCAGCAGUGAGGAAGACGAUGUCUCGGACCAACCCACUCCAGAAGUGGAUCAUUCCUGUAUCUUGGACCACAAGUCUGGACCAAGUGCUGAGACAUCUCCAUGCUCCUCUGGAUCCCCCACCACCUCUGCAUAUGGAUCAAGCUCUGGAUCAAGCUCUGGAUCAAGCUCUGGAUCAAGCUCUGGAUCAGCUGCCAGCUCAAGUUGCAGCUCAGGAUCAUCCUCCAGUUCAGGAUACGGCUCAGCUGCUCAUGGAUCGUCAUCUUCCUGCCUGGAACAAACUCCCGGCACCUCCUCGGCUGUCACCUUUGACCCUGACCUUGAGAAGAGACUUACGAUCACCAGAUACGGUCCUCAGGCUCGAGGGCUCAGGGUUUGGUACAACGAGGAUGAGAGUGAUGACUCCAGCAGCGAUUCAGACGACGAGGCCUUGCUUCCACCGCCCCCUGCCCCCGUACCCUACACUGGCAAGGGCAAGGGCAAGAGCACCAAGAGGAGAAAGGUUGAUGACCUCGUCGAACCAUUCAGCCGCCUAAGCAUUGGCCCACCACGUCCACGUGCCUGCGCUCCCCGUCGCCUCAUCAGGUGCUUCGGCAAGCUCAAUAUGACCGAGCCCCCCAAGAUGGCGACCAAGAGGAAGGCAUGUUUCGACGAAGACUCGGAGCAGGAGUCGAGAAAGAGGAGGCGUGCUCUCCGCAAGGCGGAGCGACGUCGUUUUGCUGAGCUGGUCAGGGAGGUCUUCGGGGCCGACAGCGACGACGAGACUCCCCUGGAAACUCCGACGGAGACACCCAGGAAACGUCGGCGACCACUUAAGAGACGCCAGGCAGCCUCUGAUGUGUCUAAGUCAGCACCAGCACCAGCACUGGCCGGGGCAAAGAAAGUCCGGGUGUAA